CGCUCCACACUAGCGUCAAGUUUUCAAAUAUCAAAUUCAAAAUGGCCGACGUGUUGUGAAAAGUCACUCAAUAUCACUAUUAAAUUCUUAAGAUAUAAUUUCAUUAAUUCAGUCAUUAAUAGUGACGACAAAUACAUCUGUAAUAGCCUUACAUACAUUAAAUAAUAUUAUAAUAGAAUUUAGUGAUUACUGAUCAGUCAAACAUGGCAUGGUCGAUGCCCAACACGGGUCAAUGGAACCCCGGCAUAGCUAUGACGCCCGAUAUGAACAUGGGGUCUUAUACGCAAGAGCAGUGGGCGCUAAUGCAACAGCAGAAUUGGCAGCAAUGGUCCCAAUGGCAACAACAGUAUGCCCAAUGGCAAAAUCAAUACGGCGGAGAGUAUGCUCAACAAAUGCAGGCUAUGUCAGCCAUGCAUCCUGCACACACAGGUGCAGUACCACCACCAGUUCCUCCACCAGAAAAGCCACCACCUCCACCACCGCAUGAGAAUGAUCAACCCCUGUAUGGCGCUGUAGCAGUUCAAUCUGGCUCCGGAAUAUCAUCAAACACACAUCUAAAUAACCAAAAAGGCUACAACAAUGGUAACACCAACACAGGUAACAAUCAAAACUGGUCCUAUACAGAUCCUCACACAGACAAGCAGUCCAACCAAGGAGUUAACACUGAAGCCCUGAAGGUGCUUGCAGAGGAGGAGAAAUCAUUUGACAUCCAAUUUGAGAAGUGGGAAGAGGAGAUUGAGAAGUGGAAGAAAGAGAAUGUCAAUCAUCCUGACAGGCAAGCAUACCGGGAAUAUGAGCAGAAAUUUGAAGCUUGCCGUGCACAAUUGCUGGAGCGUCGUCAGCAGAUGAAAAUGAAGAGGGAUAAACUUAUGGGCAAUGUGCACCCAGCUUCCAACAAUACACAAACAGGUAAUAAUAAAACAAACAACUUUUCUACUCUGUCGAAUACAACAACUAAUUACACACCUAAUGUGCAAUCUAAUAACCAAUCAAAUGUACAAAAUCAAAAAAUGAAUGUACAGACUCAGUCAAAUAAGAAACCAUCUCAAUUUGAUAAGUUUAGUAACUCAGCUCACCAAGGAUACAACCGAAAUGAUAGUAAUAAAACAGUAGAUCCACAAGACAGAUACAAUUCAUAUGAUAAUAUGGAUUUAGAGUAUACUUCGGCACCACCUGAGAAAACUACUUUUAUACCUACUAGCAAUACAUCUAAAGACAUACCAGGCUUGGAUUUAGUACCACCAGUUGAAAAACCAACACCAAAAAUUGAUAUUAUCGAUAUCACUGACACCAUGCCAACCCAGCAGCAGAAUCCUGCAGCACCUGACUAUUCCACAAUUUCUAAAGGCAUAAAUAAUAUUCUCGGUGACGAGAAAAUUAUGAAUAUACUAUCAAUGAUGUCAAACCAGAAACCAUCAAAUUCUAAUGAAACUAAUCAAAGUGCACUUUAUCAACAAAGUGGAAAUAUGAUGCAGUCAAAUCAGUGGAAUGCAAACAAUAAUGAAGGUUUUGGUAAUAAUUACAAUAAUCAACAGCAAAAUAUGCCACACAGGCAACAGAAUCAAACGACUUACAGGAAUCCUCAACAACAAGGACAACAUUCAAAUUUUCCUGACAGAGAACAUCAGAGAUAUGAUGAUCAUAAUAAUGGCCGUGGUGAUGCCCAGCAAGGACAAAACUUUGACAGACAAAAUCAAUUCGGCAAUCAAAAUAUGCCACAGAGAGGAGGACCACAAUUUAGACCUAAUAUGCCCCCUCCAAGACCUAAUAUGCCCCCUCCAAGACCUAAUAUACCUCCUCCGGGACCUGAUAUACAUCCUCAAAGACCCAAUAUGCCUAGUCAAAGACCCAAUAUGUCUGCUCCAAGACCCAACAUGCCUCUUCUGAGACCCAAUAUGCCCCCUCCGAGGCCAUUGUUACAAAACUUUCCUCCACAGCAAAAUUCCAAUGACUAUCCUCAUGGUGGAUUUGACAGACAGGAAAUGUAUCAGCAGAAACCUAUGAAUCAGCCAGUAAUGCCAAAAUGGAUUGAUGAACCACUGUUUACUCCAUCAAUCAUAGUUGAAUAUGAGCAUAAACCUCUAAGAUUGAAAGCUCGAGACUUUAUUGAGCCCGUUCAUACAUUUGAUUACAACCAUAAGUCCAAAGAUGAUGGCCACAAAAAAGAUUUUGAAAAGGAAGUAGAUGAGCUAUUUUCAAGAAAACCAAGGAACACAGACAAUGACGAUUGGAGCUCUGACCGAUUGUACUCGCGAGAUUAUGACAGACGUUCCUCAAGAGACGAUUUCAAAGAUCGUUCAAACGCACCGAAUAGGGGACUUGACUUUUAUGAUAGAAGAGUAGACGACAGAAGAUACGAUGAACGCGAUAGAUACAGACGUCAAGAUUAUGAACGUAGAGAUAGAGGUGACAACGACCGCCUAAGGGAUACAGGGUUUGGCAGAGACAGAGAUCUAGGAAGAGAUAGAGAUCUGGGGAGAGACCGAGAUCUGGGGAGAGACAGAGAUCUGGGGAGAGACAGAGAUCUGGGGAGAGACAGAGAGUUUGAUAGGGCAAGAGAUACAGAUCGUGACCUAGAAUGGGAUAGAGAACGUGAUUUUCGAAGAGAUCAAGGAAGGGAUAGAGAUAUGGGAAGAGAUAGAGAUCGCGGUCGCGAUUUCGGCAGAGAUAGAGAUCUUAAAGAAAGGGAUAAUGGGCGGGAUAGGAUUUCAAGUAGGGACCCAGUAAGAGAUAGAUUAGAAAGGCGAGAUAUGCCUUGGGACCGCAGCAAAAGUGGUGAAGCUGAAAAUCGUAAAAGGGACCAUAGCAGGGAAAAGUCCAAUGAAAGUUUUGGAUCGAAAAAAUCCAAAAACUCAAAAGAAGAAAUGACACAAGCUGCUAAACAUGUAGUUAUGAUUGAUGAUAUAUUGGAAUCACCGGGGCGUGAGAUUAGACCGGAAAAAAUUGUUAUUAUUAUGAGAGGUCUACCCGGUAGCGGGAAAUCAUAUCUGUCCAAAUUAAUAAGAGACAAGGAGGCAGAACACGACGUAACAGUGAGGAUAAUGUCCAUCGAUGAUUACUUUAUGCAUGAAAGUGAAAUUGAGGAAAAGGACCCCAUCACUGGGAAAAUCGUCAAAAAACCUUCUCUUAAAUAUGAAUAUGACGAUCAACUGGAAGAAAAUUACAUAACCUCUAUGAAAAGAGCUUUCAAGAGGGGCUUGACAGACGGCUUCUUUUCGUUUUUAAUAUAUGACGCCAUUAAUGAACAAUUAAAGUGCUAUGCAGACAUAUGGAAUUUUGCAAGACAAAGUGGAUUCCAAGUGUACGUGUGUACAAUGGACAUGGACCUGCAAACGUGCUACAAGCGGAACAUACACGGGCGCACGUUGGAGGAGAUCGAAGUGAUAAAGUCUAGGUUUUUCCCAACGCCCGAGCACCACAUACAGCUGGACGCCACCACGCUGUUACAGAACGCGUCCAUACGCGAAGUGGAAAUGGAGGACGUUGAGGACGUUACCAUGGAAGACGCUGACGUCGUAGAGGUCGAUAGUAGUUUUACGUCGAAAUGGGAGAAAAUGGACGACGCGGCCCAAUUAGCUCGACUCGACGGCAUCAGCAAACCGCUCCGGCCUUCACAGCUCUCAAUGGAAGACUACCUACAGUUAGACGACUGGAAACCCAAUGUAGCCAAACCGGGGAAGAAAACUGUACGAUGGGCCGACUUGGAAGAGAGAAGACAGCAAGAGAAGAUGCGGGCAAUCGGUUUCGUUGUAGGCCAGACCGACUGGCACCGUAUGACUGAUCCCACUAUGGGAUCCAGUGCUCUCACUCAAACUAAAUAUAUUGAACGAGUUAGACGUUUAUAGAUCUUAAUUUAAAAUAUAGUUUAUAAUGCAAGGCUUAGUGUACACGAUGGAGUCACACCGCCGCUGGACCGCGAGUUAAUAGUCUAUACUAAUAAGAACCGCAUACGAACCGCACCGCGCCUAGUCUUACCUUUGCACCGGAUCAACUGCUACGACGCGGUCGUCUUUUACUAUUUUGGUCUUGCCACAAAAUUUAGCAAUAAACAGAAAGUCUUACUUGUUUACUUACGUAAGUAAACAAGUAAGACUUUCUGUUUUUUGCUAAAUUUAGACGUUUUAUAAAAGGUAUAUUAAUUUUAUGAAGUUUGUACAGUUCCGAGUUCGAUAAUACUAUUUGAGCGAUGCUUAGGAUUUUACACCUAAAAAUCACGGCUCCGACGCGGGACCCGUGCGGCUCUUAUGCGGUUUUUAUCUUGAUGUUGCGGUUUUCACGAACUUACGGUGCGGCGCCGGUGCGGGUCCGGCGUCAUCUACAUGCAGGAUUCAAAGGUUUUUUUUAUUAUCAUUUAUUUUCGUAAUAUCACUAUUUCAUUAAUAAAUAAUGGUUAACAGAAACUAUACUAUACUUACAUAGUGAUAUAUUUUUCUAAGUUAAUGGACUUCGUACCAUCUACACCGUUUACCAGUGUACUGCAAAACACAGGUCAGAUUUUCACUCCUUGUUGUUUUCCUAAACUCGGAGUCCGACGAAACUACUUUUCGUCUCGGAAAAAUCCAUUGUUUCUGCUGAUUGGAUUCGUUCGAUUGAAAUUAUUUAUUAUGUUUCUGUAAAAAACAGAAUUUCAAUCGAACUGGUGUCCGCUAGUGAAAAAUACACAAAGGUUAACAAAAAGUUACAUUAAUCAGUACUGUAACUGGAGUUAACAUUAUUCUUUCUUCAACUUGAACUUUGAACUAUCAAAUUUAUCGAAAAUUAUCAUUAUUAUUUAAAAAUAAAAUCGAUAAUUCAAUUAUUGUAAAAUAAAGGUAGCAAUAUUUGCAUAUAUUAGCAAUAUAAGCAAAUUAAUAUACGUGACAAAAUAACAGCCUUUUCACACUAGAGCGAAAAGAGCGAAAGCGCAUUGCGUAGAUGUGUAGAUUAAUUAAUUAUUAUAAUCGCUGCAGUAACUACUAGAUCCGACAUAAGGAAUUAAAUAGGCAACCUAUUUGCAAUGUGUCUAUGUGAAUAUUUUCUUUCAUUUAUUUCUUAUCCCAAAUUAAUAACAGAUGAGUGUAUAUAUUCCCUAUGCCGGAUCUAAGAUUUUAGUGUGAAAGGGCCGUUAAGUCAAACUUUUCACUUACAAAUUACAAUGUUCUUUGCCGAGAGGAAUGACACUUUAGUAUUUUUAACUAAGUGUACAGUAGUACAGUAGUAUGUACUUCUUAGAAUUAGAAUAUCAAUUGUAAUGUGUAAGUGUACCUAAGUAAGUGUAUUGUGUAAGAAUAUUUUCUAAAAUACAACUUAUAAAUGGUUUUGGUAUGUUGUCAACAAGUCAUUUUGGAUUAAGAAAAUUAAAUUACUCAGUAAUUAAUAAAUAAAAUAGUAUUUAGUUUACAAAAUAAAAA